AAGUCAGUUGAGUCGAGCUGUACAGAAAAUAUGUGAGCAGAACAUAUUGUGUAACUCCUUUAUUAAUACUGGCUUACAAUCUGUAGACUUCAUGCAUAACGCCGCAUAUGGACAAACUGAAAUUAAAUGUUCUUGUCUAAGAACCCUGUUAUGACAAGCACGUAGUGUGUCUUAGUCAUUUAAUUGUCAUGUGCGUCCUGUUCUUUCUGUGGGAAGGUACAGAACAUUUUCCCUUGGUGAAUAAGGACUGUCAGGAGGGGGUCUGUAAAUUGAGCGGUGUGCUUUUGUGUGCACAAAUACAUCCAGUAUCCUUGUUUAACACCACCAAAUGUGUCUGGGAGAAAGCCUCUCGUCAACGGUCGUCUCUAUGGUUACAGGAAGGGUAGAAGAGAGAGAGAGGAGGUGGAUAGGACGGGGUGUUCUGAUGCUGUGAGAGAGGAGGUGGGACAUGCUUACAGACGCUCAUCGCUGCCUCCUCUUCGCACUCCAAGACGGCCUCUCGUGUUUUCUGUGACCCCUCAUCUGUCUCCUCUGGCGGCCUAAUCGAUCGUCUCGCCGCUCAGGUGGUGGAAUACACUUGAGCAUGCGGUAUUAAUGUUACAGCUCGCACUCAAGCUUUAGCCCCGCCCCGCUGUCACUGUCUCACAGACAGACACACGUAUCGACAUAAACACGUGCUGGGAGGACCCACUGCUGAGGCCGAGUAUUCCUGGCAGACACAUUACUGUCUGGCAGAUUCCUGUGUCACCAUGGAAACCCUACAUCAGGGUUAGCAAUAGUUGUUCCCCAGACUGUUUGAGUGCCAUCUCAUCUCAACUCGGUCAUCAUUGGCAAUUAGGCUUAAGACCUGAAAGAAAUCUCACUGUGCGGAAAGCAGAAACGAGUAUGUUUGCGGCGUGACCCGUGUGCAUAUCUCAGUGUCCAAUGUAGGCCCCAGCAUGAAUACCAGUCCACUGCUGACCAGUUGCUCUGCUGGGACAGCUGCACUGGCCUGAACUCCCGCCCUGUUGCCAGAGCACAGACUCAGCUGGACCCACAGGAAUGUCUCUCUCUAUGUGUCUGCAUUGUUUUAAAUGCUUUGUGUGUGUGUGUGUGUGUGUGUGUGUGUGUGUGUGUGUGUGUGUGUGUGUGUGUGUGUGUGUGUGUGUGUGUGUGUGUGUGUGUGUGUGUGGGGGUACAUGUGUUUGUGUUCUGCAAUUGAGAAACUUUUGUCACACCUCCUCCCCAGCAGCACCGGAGCACUUCGCCCUGCUGACAGUAACUACUUGACGCUAACCGUUACCACUUGUGACUCCGACCUCGGUCGGCCGGUGCUGUAAUGAGUGUGAUUUUUAGAAAGCUGCUUGUUGAUCUGCUCUGAGCUGUGGGCAAGGUCAAGGUGGGAUGCCCAAACCAGGGUCUCAGAACCAGCUCUUGCCUCACAACGCGUUGCUAGUAUUUGAAUUGGAUAUUUGAUAGGAAAUAAGGUUUAGGACUUCCCUUCCACUAGUUUAUUGUGUGUUUAUAAUGUUAGAAACACACUGGGUUAGCAGCUCUUUGAGGGUUAGAGAACGAAAAAGGACACACAUCUUAGUUCUAUCAAAACGUGUGUAUAUGGAUUCUCACUGUUUAUACCAACUCAACACAGGCAUGACUUCACAAUCACACUGUGGCUCUCUCUCUCUCUCUCUCUCUCUCUCUCUCUCUCUCUCUCCAAAUAUGACUCUGUUACCUGCUGAGCCUUGGCUACACCUGCUCAGCCUUACAUCUAGAGGAGGAGAAUAUCCUGACCAUGCUGUGUUUCUUUUAAUCAUUUAAAUAAAUCUAUUCAACUUGAAUGUAGAGUGAGUGCUGAGUGUGUCUGUGAGCCGUCCCUGAACAAAGAGCACUGCUGCUUGCCAGGGUUUGUUUUGCCUCCAGACUGCAAAUGGGUAUUUUAGACAAAGACCGGACCGGCAUCGAUGGUCCAAAAGGCGGCUUGCCGGAAAGGAAACUAAUCUGUUGAUUCGUGCGUUUCCAAAUCGGAGCAGAUCAAUCACCGCGGGGGUCACACCGGGGAAAAUCACGACCUUUAACGAGUUGAAUGUGAUUUUUUUUAAAUAAUGGCUGUUUGUAUUUUCUCUGUGAAACCCGCUCCUGCAUCCAUCGGGUGGAUGGGGGUUUAUGGCACGCAGUUGUCGGAGGUUUUCCAGUGACACGUCAGAUGCUCCUUGGUGUUUGCUCACCGGUUAUUUCGGAGCUCGUGGUCCUCCUGACGUCACUGCACAAGGACCCCGCGGAGCCGGCGGGCUGGAGUGGACAGGGACAGCAGCCGGACCAUGGUGGACGGGUACCCAGACAUCGCUGAGCGCUCCGUAACCUCGUAUCUCUCUAGUGACUGACCACCGCCUGAGCUGAAGAGAAGGAGGGGGGAGCCCAAUCCGGAAAGUGUAUAUGUGUGUGCAGCUAUGGGGAAGGACUACUACAAGACCCUGGGCAUCCCCAAGGGCUCCAAUGAGGAGGAGAUCAAGAAGGCCUACCGGCGCAUGGCGCUGCGCUUCCACCCCGACAAGAACAAGGAGGCCAAUGCUGAGGAGAAGUUCAAGGAGAUUGCAGAGGCCUACGAGGUACUCAGCGACCCCAAGAAGAGGGUUGUCUAUGAUAAGCUAGGAGAGGAAGGUUUAAGGGCAGGAGGAAACAGUUCUUCAGGGGUUCCUGGCGGCUCAACGUACCACUACACCUUCCACGGAGACCCCCAUGCCACUUUUGCCUCCUUCUUUGGAGGCUCUAAUCCUUUUGACAUGUUUUUUGGCUCCAACCGCAGCCACAGCCGCUCAAACGGUUUCUCCUUCCACAACGACCACGAUGCAGAGCAGGACAUGGACGUGGACGAGGAGGACCCCUUCGCUCAUAUCGGGAGACAGUUCGGCUUUCCGGGGGGGGUAAGCAACGGCUUCCCGGGGGAGGGCCGCAGGAGGAAGGGGGUGCCGUCAGAGCGCCUGGGGACCGGGCGGAAGCAUCAGGACCCUCCGGUGGUCCACGAGCUCAAGGUCUCUCUGGAAGAGAUCUUCCACGGCUGCACCAAGCGCAUGAAGAUUACCCGCCGCAGGCUGAACCCCGAUGGUCGCAGCAUGAGGACAGAGGACAAGAUCCUUAACAUUAUCAUCAAGAAGGGAUGGAAGGAGGGGACCAAGAUCACCUUCCCAAAGGAGGGGGACGAGACCCCUGAGAACAUUCCUGCUGACAUAGCCUUCGUGCUCAAAGACAAAGGGCACAUCCACUUCAAAAGAGACGGGUCCAACGUCAUUUUCAACUGCAAGAUUAGUCUCAAAGAGGCGCUGUGUGGCUGCACAGUAAGCAUUCCCACGCUGGAAAACCGCGUCAUCUCGCUCCCUUGUCACGACAUCAUCAAGCCGGGGACGGUGAAGCGGUUCAGGGGGGAAGGCCUGCCUUUGCCCAAGAACCCAUCCCAGCGCGGAGACCUCAUUGUGGAGUUUUCUGUUCGUUUUCCCGACAGGAUUCCCCCUCAGUCCAGAGAGAUUAUCCGACAACACCUCCCCCAGUCAUAGGAGGACUCGCCUUCAACCCCAUCACCCCAACACACAAGACUCAAAGACAGAAACCAAUAAGACCAACCCUUCAUAUUCCAAUUUUGACCCUCAUUGCAGUCUCCUUUCCCCACGUCCAGGCCCCAUGUCUUAUAUAAUGCAUGCAGCACUGGACAGUUGGUUGUAGGAACUUCAGAUUUGGAGGAUGAAGAAGGAAUGCCAGACGAAUGGCACUAUAAGAGUGUUAUUAUUUGUGUUUUUUUUGGCCCAAGCUUACACAGACAAACAUACACACACACACAGACAAACAUACACACACUUAAGCAGCCGGGCUGAGGAUGGGCUCAGCAAAAUCACGGCUUUUACCAGUUUUUUCUUAACUCCUUUUUUUUACAGAUUUAUCAGUGAUUUUAUAGGCUUUAAACUCUUCGAUCCUCGUCUUUUUGUUACACGAUGAAGCGUGAAAUAUUUAAAUAGCAAGUGUUCAGUGCAAACCCCGGUUUUAACAUAAAUGCCUCCUCACUGGCUUUCUUAUCGUUUUCAGUCUAAUAAAGCAUCUCGCUUGAAGUGUGUCGGCCAUUUCCUAAGAUGUAUUUCCGCUUUCAAUUUCAAUUGUAUUCUGAUGCGUUCAAUGCACUCAGAGUCCGGAGUAUGUUUGCGUAUCUCAGCUUCAUUGGAAAAUCUAAGAAUGACAAUCAGGAACAAUAACAGCAGUGUAAGCUUGGAUAAUACAAUCUGCACAUGAUAUGGGUGCUUUCCCUUCUGACCUGAAUAGCCUGACUCGCUAUCUGAGGGACAUUCGGGUGCCUUAGCCUGGUGUCAAACCACAUAUAUGUCCACACACGCGCACGUCACACUACAGAAACACAACCAGCCAUGUGAAGUGCACAACAGACGAUGCCCUAUGCUGUGUUACACGUUUGGGGGUGCUGAUCUUGGUAAGACAGUAAGUAAGUAAUGUAAUGUCAAUGGCCAUAUCUAACUGUAUGUGAGCAAGGAUAUUUUUAGGGAGAGGUUUGAUGCAAAACUGCUGAAUUUUUACUAGUGCAUCCCUGUAAAGUGCCAUACAAGUACAAGUUGGGUUUCCCACAGGACUGAAAGCAUUGAACUAAUCUGAAGUCCAAAGUGGAAUUUUCUCUGGGAAACCCGUCUUUGUUGUGUAUAUUCUGCUCUCUUGUGCCAUGCCAGGCAAUGCCUCGGUGCUACUGUGAGAAGUCUCUUCUUUUCGGUUUAAUGGUUUCAGUUUGUGAUUUGAUCACUGCUUAUCUACGUGUACAUUUAUUGUUGUUUUUUCAAGUAGAAAACUGUUUAGGAAACAGGUUUUUGUAGUAUUGCAACAGCAAUUCUCUUUCUAAACUGCAGGGGGACCUUUAGCUCCACUUACUGCAGUUUAUACUUAUAAGAUGUGUGUGUGUGUGAGUAUUGUUUAUGCAGGCAGCACUAGUAGGACAUAUAUAUCACGUGUAUGGGAAAAUGUUUGAAUGCAAUUUGUUGAUAAAUGCACUUUUAUGUCAUUAGAUGCUGAUGAAACUAUACGAUAACAGAGAGAGACUUGAAUGACUUGAGUGUGUGAGCUUCCUUCCUCUCGGAGCCUGCGGGGACGCUGGAUUGUGGCCGCGAGCAGAAUGCACAAGUGCUGCUGCUGAGGGACUGUCAUUGCUUGUGUGCAUUUGACAAUAUUUAUGACCUUUUCAAAAUGGCAACAAAUAAACCAAAUGUGUGAAAUAAACG